GAGGUCCCCAUUCUCAGUGUUUCCGCGCAACAGCUAACACAUUGACAAGGUUGCAUCAUCCCCAGUUGAAGCAGACGACCAAUAGUUCUGGUUCCGAGGUAACGUUCACUAGACCUGAAAAGUCUUCUUUGUCUACGGCAUCGCUUUUCCGUGAGUCUGCAAGUCUUAGUGAAUUGACAUCGCUCCCAAGCGAGUUUAAAGGUAGUUCAGCAGCUGGUGUUUUCAGCGUUCGUGAAUCACUUCCCGCAACUCGAAAGCUUCUAGGCGUACCACUUGCAAAUGGAAAGAAGCGAAGGUUUGUUAUGGACUUUGUAUCUGUUCCCCACCCUCCAUGUGAUGGGCCUUCAUCCAGCAUGUUCGACGAUACCACAACUCAAAUAGGAUCUUUGCCGGAUGAAGAUAGGACAUCUCCAAGACUUGGCGCACAUCCUCGAACCCAAACGCGGGAUGUCGACGAGGAGUAUGAGCAGCUCGAUGCCUCUGCAGGUGGUUCAAAUGGUCGACCUCCAAAGAAGCAGCGUAGUUGGUCCCCCCAGCAAUGGACUCUCGAGAAAAGAGCCCAUGAGAAUAGAGAAAUGUGCGUCAAACGGCAAGGUCUAUCUCACGAACAAACCUAAAUUCUCCGUCGAAUUACUCCCAGACUCUCACAACCCCGCCAAGAAAGCAGCGGGGAGCCAAGCAGUGUCCAAUAACGUUCAGUCAGGGCUUCAGAAGCAGCUACGCCAGGCGCUGGCCGAAAAUGAAAAGCUGAGGGUUGUCAAUGCCAAAUUGGAGAAAGACAACGAAAUACUGGAGGACAAAAUGUGCACUAUACAAAGACGCAACGUGGAAUUGAUGACCAUGGCAAAAAGUUUCCGCGCACAGUCCCGCAAGACGCGCGAUAGUCUUGACGCUCUCGGACAAGGCCCUGUCAACCAUCCUUUUGCAUCCGCUCCUCCGAUUCACAGGCACCAGGAAGGUCGAGGCUCUCUUACUGGCGUCAGAUCCUGCACAGCAGUACCUCCCACCCAGCCACGUUUCCUAACACGACCUAUGGACAGGAGUUCUUCUACUAUUAUAGGCACCCAAACGCAAGAGACGGGCCACUCUUUCCGUAUCGAACAUCAAUCUGCGGGUCGCCGUCAUCUCCCCAUCCAAAAUAUGCCGCAUCAUGAGCUGGAGAUGGAAGGACCGUGUAUGGACACGACACAGCAGUCAUAUGCCCCAUCUGAAUGAUCCGCCCGAAAUGCUCGUCGCGGAUCCUACCCGAGCUCAAAGCCAAGUUAGUUCCUCUAAUGACAAGGCAAUGUUCUCUCAAUUUUGGGAACUGAAACCUUCUCGUCUAUCUCCGAUGGCAUGGAGUACUAAGCUUGCACGGUAUCAAUCUCACCCUUAAUAACCAGAUCUGAUCCCAUAGUCAGUUUCACAUAAUUGUCCUCGGCCAACCGCUUUACUGCACAUAUCUCAAAGCAUAAUUACUCCUGCAUACCACUUCUGUCACCAAUUUACUUACACAUUCCUGGUAGUCUGUAAGGCCGUACAGGGAUAGUC